CUCACAAGCCUACUUAAAAUGGCCUCUUUUUCCCUCUCUCAUUUCUCUGUCUAGGCUUAUCGAUAUGAUAAUAAGGGCCGUAGUAGAGUAGAGUACAGAGAGAUGAUCAGAGAGAAACAGAAGAAGGUACAGGGCAGUUGCACAGAUUUUUCCAGCGACAUCAUCCACCCUUAUGAUUUCCCCCUAAUCUUUCAGCAAAUCCCAUGAACAACCAGCCCCUCUAUAUUAUAACCCCACUACUCAUUUUCCAUUUUCACAACGUCAACUUCUUCUAACAAAUCUCAAACAACAUGCUCUAGCUGUGUUCGUAGUUUCUUGUUGCAUUUUCUUCUGUUAGCUAGUCAUUAAUUCCUCUUUUUCAAUGGAGAACUACCAGCAUUUCGACUGCAGUGAUGGGAAUUUACCCCCUGGUUUUAGGUUCCAUCCAACUGAUGAAGAACUCAUCACCUACUACCUACUGAAGAAGGUUCUUGACGGCAACUUUACUGCUCGAGCAAUUGCUGAAGUUGACCUCAACAAAUGCGAGCCCUGGGAGCUGCCUGGGAAAGCCAAGAUGGGAGAAAAAGAGUGGUACUUUUUCAGCCUACGUGAUCGGAAGUAUCCAACGGGGCUGAGAACUAACAGAGCUACUGAGGCUGGUUACUGGAAAGCUACAGGGAAAGACAGGGAGAUUUACAGCUCAAAGACUUGUGCACUUGUGGGCAUGAAGAAAACCCUAGUUUUCUACCGAGGUAGGGCUCCUAAAGGAGAGAAGAGCAACUGGGUUAUGCAUGAAUAUCGCCUUGAUGGCAAAUUUGCCUAUCACUACAUCUCAAGAAGUUCUAAGGACGAGUGGGUAAUUUCAAGGGUCUUUCAGAAGAAUGGUUCCUCUGUCGGUGCCAAUUCAAAUGGUGGCAAGAAAAGGUUAAGUUCCAGUAUCAACAUGUAUCAAGAAGUAAGUUCACCGUCCUCUGUUUCUCAGCUUCCACCGCUCCUUGAUUCCUCUCCUUACAGCACCACUGCCACUUCUGCUGUCAUUAAUGCUGAUCGUGAGAGCUUCAGAAAGGAGCACGUGCCCUGUUUCUCCACAACUGCUACGCACAGUUUCGACCCAAGUUCUGUCUUUAGCAUUUCGUCGAACAGCCUGCAUGCACUGCCACCUCCUAGUUUCAGUGCCAUUCUUGACUCUUCCACUAAUUUUGCCCACUACACAAGGAACUCAACUUUUCCCAGCUUAAGGUCACUCCAUGAGAAUCUGCAGCUUCCGUUAUUUUCCAGUGGAGCUCCGGCCAUGCACAGCGGUUUUCCUGCUCCAAUGGACAACUGGCCGGUGCCGGAGACUCAGAAAGUUGAACAGUCUGAACUUGAUUGCAUGUGGAGUUACUGAAAGGAUGUGUAUUUGGUGUUUAUUUAAUUAAUUUUGAUGUUCUAAUUAGUACUUUGAUUAGUAAGUUAAUUAGUUUUAAUGUUCUGAAAUGUUUCCUUUUGGUUGGGUAAGGAAUGUACUGUGUGGCAGCUUUAGUAGCUAGUGUUGUCACGUUGUUGUAAACGUUCGGCGUAAUUUAAUGCAUGUAUUAUUUGCUGUCUUUUCGUACGUUCUA